GAGGAGGGGAAAGAGACAGGCGGGGACAGAAAUAGAGACAGGUGUGUCCUUAAGCCAGAGAAAGAGUGCUGGGACAUAGGACGAGUCCAUAAGAGGUGCCAGAGACACAGCCAGGCUCCAACAGGAGACAGGACAUCGCUGCCUGACACUCAGGGGACAUCGCACGAGUCCUAGAGGUUUGUGAAGAAAACAAGUGCUACAAGAUGAGCUGGCAUCAUGAAGAUUCAGAGGUUUAUAAGAUGCUACAGGGGAACCAAGAGAAGAAGGAAGCCCCAAGACAGUCCAACAGCUUCAGACUUCUGCAAGUAGCCCUGGAGGGCGACCCUGAGGGAAUUUCCACAUCUCUGCCCAGCAGAUUGUCCCCUAAUAAUCAAAAACCCAUUGUAAACAGCCCGCCUGCUCCUCUUCGACAGUGUGAGAAGUGUCACUCCGGCAUCAGUGAUGUGGCAGUGAGGAUCACAGAGGGACGGUAUCGUCACCCAGCAUGCUACGUCUGUACAGACUGUGGCCUCAACUUGAAAAUGAGAGGACAUUUUUGGGCAGGGGAUGACCUGGUUUGUGAAAAACAUGCUCGAGCACGCCACCCUACCGGACCUCCUCGCACCUGAGAAAGCACUUAGAGACAUUGUAUUCAUGUUUUGCGGGGGUCAUGCCCCAUACUAGUCUUUUCAAUACACCACAAUCCAUCUCCUUAUCUAACAGGAAAAACACAGAUUUGUAAUUUACAAGCUAUGUACCUGCAUGGUGUUGGGUCAGGUGUCUGUAUCAGAAUGGUAUGGAUGUGGUAAGCCUAAAGGAUUACUGUGGAUGAGGGUAGAUAUAUCCUCAAUUGGAAGGUUGUGAUGUUAGCAUCAGGUGGAUAGGGUAUAAAGGCAGUGUUUCUGUUUGAUACAAGAAAGAUGUGUUCAUACAACAUUAAGGGAUGUAUUAAUCCAGGAAUGUACAAAAGGUAUAUCCCCAAAUGUUGUAGAACUAAACCUCACAUGUCGCUUUGCUCACCUUCAGAAUUGCAAAGCAUCAUAGGUGUAAAACAGGGCUCCCCCCAGAUGUUGUAGAACUACAACCCCCAUGAUGCUUUGUCAUUCUAAAUGCAUGCAAAGUAUCAUGUGCAUUGUAGUUCUACAACAUCUGGGGAUCUACCUGUUGGGCAGCCUUGGUGUAAAACAUCUAGGGAUCAACCUUUCGGGCACCCCUGUAUAAACCACUAUCAUUGCUAUUAUCAUAUUAAUUAAAAAACACAUUAAUUUUUCUUUCCCCACCACAUUACCACAUUCAAUAACAGUUAAAUUAGCUACAAAUUCUGAAAAAUCCAAUCCAAGCUGUGUGCAUUUCUCCAAACAGGGAUACACCACACUUCCAUUAACAUUUUACAUAUGCAACAGACGUUGUCAACAUGUGGCUAUUCCAAAACUCAUUUAUUUUUUUCCUGGCUCAUAAAGGCCAUUUUCAUUCCAGAGAUAACUACAUGUCUGAAACACAGAGAACUUACCCAGACCUUCUUGUGUGCUGCAUUACAGAUGCCAAAAUGUGUUUGUUCAUACAUAUUUUAUAUACUAUUAAACUAAACAAUGCACACUCA